AGCCCAGGAAAAUAAAAAGAAAGGAAUGGAGAGAGUCUUAUCUGCAAUCUGUUUCAGAAGAUAACACAAAAUGCUGAGCCUCAACCUGUCUACUGCUUCCGCUUCUUCUUCAACCGUUCCCUUUCUUCCGAAGCCAUUAUUCGCAAAAUCAUCCUUCAAUGGCAUCCAGCUCCGUCCCCGCAGCACCUGCUCGGUUCCACUCUCUUGCUCCGGGACGCGCACUGCAGCUGCGUCGGUGGUCAUGAUGGCCAAGAGAGAGGAGGAGAUGAAGGAGAUUCGCCAGAAAACCACCGACCAAAUCAACGAAGAGGUCGUCGAACUUAAAGGCGAGCUUCUCAUGCUUCGCCUUCAGCAAUCUGCCCGCAACGAGUUCAAGUCCAGCGAGUUCCGUCGCAUGCGCAAAAGGAUUGCUCGCAUGCUUACUGUGAAGAGGGAAAGGGAGAUUGAGGAGGGUAUCAAUAAGAGGUUGUCCAGAAAGUUCGAUAGACAAUGGAAGAAAAGCAUUGUUGUAAAACCGCCGCCAUCUUUAAUAAAGCUUCGGGAGCAAGAAGCAGCUGAAGAAGCUGCUGCAGCUGAAAAGGCCGCAUCAUCAUCAUAAUAUA